AUGGGCCGCCCGGCACGGGGCGCGCUCCGGCCGUGUUCCUCCAGCAUCUCGCGGCGGCGGCGGCGGCGGCGGAUCCGCUGCCUGACGGCCAAGGUGCGUUCAGCGAGUCCGGGGCCCGGCUCUGCGCCGCCAACAAAGCGCGGCCUGGAGGUCGGGGCGAGGGGACCCGCCAAGGAGUGCGAAGUGGAUCAGUUCCGGUGUCGGAACGGGCGCUGCAUCCCCUCGGUGUGGAGAUGCGACGAGGACGACGACUGUUCGGACAACAGUGACGAGGACGACUGCCCCAAGAAGACCUGUGCAGACAGUGACUUCACCUGUGACAAUGGCCACUGCAUCCCCGAGCGGUGGAAAUGUGAUGGCGAGGAGGAAUGUCCCGACGGCUCUGAUGAGUGGAAGGCCACUUGCACCCGGCAAGUGUGUCCUGCAGAGAAGCUGAGCUGUGGACCCACCAGCCACAAGUGUGUGCCUGCCUCCUGGCGCUGUGAUGGGGAGAAGGACUGUGAGGGUGGAGCAGAUGAAGCCGGCUGUGCUACCUCAGCAGUAGGGGCCUGCGGUGGGGACGAGUUCCAGUGCGGGGAUGGGACUUGUGUCCUUGCGAUCAAACGCUGUAACCAGGAACAAGACUGCCCAGACGGGAGUGAUGAAGCUGGCUGCCUGCAGGAGUCAACUUGUGAGGGUCCCCGCAGAUUUCAGUGUAAGAGUGGCGAGUGCGUGGACAGCGGGAAAGUGUGUGAUGCUCAGAGGGACUGCCGAGACUGGUCGGAUGAGCUUCUGAAAGAGUGUGGGCUGAAUGAGUGUCUGCACAACAAUGGUGGCUGUUCCCACAUCUGCACUGACCUCAAGAUCGGCUUUGAGUGUACUUGCCCAGCAGGCUUCCGGCUCCUGGAUCAGAAGACCUGCGGCGACAUUGAUGAGUGUGAAGACCCAGAUGCCUGCAGCCAGAUCUGUGUGAAUUACAAGGGCUAUUUUAAGUGUGAAUGCCACCCUGGGUACGAGAUGGACGCACUGACUAAGAACUGCAAGGCUGUAGCUGGCAAGAGCCCGUCGCUAAUAUUCACCAAUCGGCACGAGGUACGAAGGAUAGACCUGGUGAAGCGGGACUACUCACGCCUCAUCCCCAUGCUCAAGAAUGUUGUGGCACUAGAUGUGGAAGUUGUCACCAAUCGCAUCUACUGGUGUGACCUCUCCUAUCGCAAGAUCUACAGCGCCUACAUGGACAAGGCCAGUGACCCGGCAGAGCAGGAAGUCCUCAUUGAUGAGCAGCUGCACUCUCCAGAGGGUCUGGCGGUGGAUUGGGUCCACAAGCACAUCUACUGGACAGACUCAGGCAAUAAGACCAUCUCAGUGGCCACAGUGGAUGGUGGCCGCCGAUGCACUCUCUUCAAUCGUGACCUGAGUGAACCCCGGGCCAUCGCUGUGGAUCCCUUACGAGGGUUCAUGUAUUGGUCUGACUGGGGGUACCAGGCAAAAAUAGAGAAGUCUGGUCUCAAUGGCGUGGACCGGCAAACACUGGUGUCAGACAACAUUGAAUGGCCCAAUGGAAUCGCCCUGGAUUUGCUGAACCAGCGCUUAUACUGGGUAGACUCCAAACUGCACCAACUGUCUAGCAUUGACUUCAGCGGAGGCAACAGAAAGAUGCUGAUUUUCUCUACAGACUUCCUGAGCCACCCUUUUGGGAUAGCUGUGUUUGAGGACAAGGUAUUCUGGACAGAUCUGGAGAAUGAGGCCAUUUUCAGUGCAAAUCGGCUUAAUGGCCUGGAAAUCUCCAUCCUGGCUGAGAACCUCAAUAACCCACAUGACAUUGUCAUCUUCCAUGAGCUGAAGCAGCCAAGAGCUGCAGAUGCCUGUGAGCUGAGUGCUCAGCCCAAUGGAGGCUGUGAGUACCUGUGCCUUCCUGCUCCUCAGAUCUUCAGCCACUCUCCCAAGUACACAUGUGCCUGUCCUGACACAAUGUGGUUGGGCCCAGACAUGAAGAGGUGCUACCGAACACCUCAAUCUACCUCAACAACAACAACAACGACAACGACGUCAACCCCUACUACAACGAGGGCAGUACCUGUCACCACAGGAGCCCCUGGGACAAGCCAUGGCCCCACCUCCCAGAACCACAGCACCACGACAGCAAGCCCAGCAGCUGCUGGGCCCAGCUCAGUUAGUGGUCCAAGGGCUCCCAGCAUCAGCCUGUCAACACCAAGCCCGGCAACCAGCAACCACUCCCAGCACUAUGGGAAUGAAGAUGACAAGAUGGGCUCAACAGUCACUGCUGCUGUCAUUGGGAUCAUCGUGCCCAUAGCGGUAAUAGCCCUGCUGUGCAUGAGUGGCUACCUGAUUUGGAGAAACUGGAAGCGGAAGAACACCAAGAGCAUGAAUUUUGACAACCCAGUGUACAGGAAAACAACAGAAGAGGAAGAUGAAGAUGAGCUUCAUAUAGGGAGGACAACUCAAAUUGGCCAUGUCUAUCCGGCAGCAAUCAGCAGCUUUGAUCGCCCACUGUGGGCAGAGCCCUGUGUUGGGGAGACCAGAGAACUGGAAGACCCAGCCCCUGCCCUCAAGGAGCUUUUUGUCUUGCCUGGGGAACCAAGGUCACAGCUGCACCAGCUCCCGAAGAACCCUCUUUCCGAGCUGCCUGUCGUCAAGUGCAAGGUAGCCCACUGGUGUUCCCUUGUCCUGGCCCUAGGACCUGUGUCACUCAUGGUCUCCUAA